GUCAGAAUGGUGGGUAGCAUGCCCAGCGGAUGGAUGAGGAGGAUUCUCCUCUUCCUCGUCCUGAUGACCGGUGUCCUGCUAAUCGCCAUGUACGCUCAUGCUCCGCCGCUCGCAUCGCUCCAGCCGUUCGCGACGAGACGGACAUUUCAAAGUCCAUGGUCCUGGGCGUGUGUGGCGAAUCGAUGUGAGAGACGAGCGGUAAGGUCCUCGAGGACAUCCUUGGCGACCUGCACCGCACAUUGCGGAGGAAAUACUCGUCUAUUGUGGCCCAGACCGACCGAGAACGUCAUCCUCGGCGAUGACAGUGUCAUCCUGCAUCUUCAGCAGAUUGAGUUUGUCACCGUAAAUACGAGCGAUCAGGAGACGAAAGAUCUGCUGGAGAAUGCGAAAGAUGUCUUCAUCGGAAACAUUAGGAGUUUGGUCAAGGUGUUGAACGCUAAAAGUCGAUCCGGCAUCGAUUCGUUUAUCGUGUAUCUGAGCGCUGGCAAUGCACGGGGCACCACUUUGACUCUGGAUACCGACGAGUCGUAUAAGCUGGAACUCACAUCGAAAGGGAAGAUUCUGGAGGCCAGAAUCACGGGGAGGAGCUACUUCGGGGUGCGGCACGGUCUUGAGACCCUUAGCCAGUUGAUCUGGUGGGAUGAGGCGGCCGGAAAGCAGGGCGCUCUUCGCGUCCUCACGCGAGCCUUCAUCGAGGAUAAACCCGCAUUCUCUUAUCGCGGCCUUCUCGUCGAUACCGGUAGGCAGUUUUUCCCCGUCGAGGAAUUGAAGAGGGUCAUCGAUGGCAUGGCGGCCACAAAACUUAACACGUUACACUGGCAUCUCACUGACUCCCAGAGUUUUCCGUUUGACUCAGCGCAGUUCCCAGAGAUGGCAAGAUGGGGCGCUUACAGUGGCGAUCAUAUUUAUACACCUGACGAUGUGAAGGACCUAGUUGAUUAUGCGAGGAUACGCGGCGUCAAGAUCGUCGUUGAGAUCGAUUCUCCGGCUCAUGCUGGUGCCGGGUGGCAAUGGGGUACGGAACAUGGUUUUGGUGAGCUGGCGUUGUGCGUAGAUCAACAGCCGUGGUCGUCAUAUUGUGGCGAGCCAAAUUGCGGACAACUGAAUCCAAUAAAUGAACACUCAUACAGGAUAUUGGAGGGCCUGUAUCGAGAGUUAUUAGAUCUUACAGAGGUGCGCGAUUUGGUGCAUCUCGGUGGCGACGAGGUGAAUCUCGAGUGCUGGGCGCAAUAUGGGAAUAUCACCCUGGCAAUGCAGGCGCAAAACAUGACGGAUUAUCACGCACUUUGGGCGGAAUUUGAAACGAAAAUGCUGCAGCGUCUGAUUCGAGCGAAUCACGAUAAAGUUCCGAAGGCGGUAAUCCUGUGGAGCUCUCCAUUAACGAAGAGACCUUACAUCAUGAUGUACUUCGACCCGAAAAUUCACGUGAUCCAGUCUUGGGGUGGUAGCAAUUGGCCAGAAACUCCGGAUCUGCUAGAGGACGGCUUCCGGGUGAUUCUAUCGCACGUAGACGCCUGGUACUUGGACUGUGGCUUCGGUAAGUGGCGAGAGAUCGGCGAGGCUGCAUGCGGCGAAUAUCGUACCUGGCAAACCGUCUACAAUCAUCGUCCGUGGAAGGACUAUCCACCACAACAGCAACCUUUGGUGCUCGGUGGUGAGGCGGCGAUCUGGAGCGAACAGACCGGUCAGUCGUCCCUGGGACCUCGACUAUGGCCUAGGGCGUCGGCGUUCGCUGAACGAUUAUGGAGUGAUCUAUCAACCAACACUUACUCCACAGACGAGAACGUUUAUACCAGACUAGCCGUGCAUGUUGAAGUCCUGAACAGCAGGGGCAUCAAAACAGAGUCUAUGUGGCCGCAGUGGUGUUCUCAGAAUCCCGGGAAAUGUCUCUGACCGAUCGUUAGAGACUUGCUAAUUAUGCACCAGCCGUUCCACGAGUACUGUACUUGCGGCACUGAUAAACAUAUAAAAACAGGGAUUCACAAAAAGCGGCGUCAGUUGCAAGUCCUGUCGAUGGUCGAAAUCGAUCUCGUCCAACAGGCAAUAACAUUGCGUAUUCGUGAUCUAUGGGACCUUUCGAUGCAAAUCCUGCCGACAAAAUUGACAAUCGUUUCUGCUUGAUAAAUCACUCGACGUUUUUUUCAUUCAUAAGAAAUGAACAUCGAAGGGAUCCUUGAGAUGUUCGGUAAAUAACAUCAACGUAGCCAAUAACCAAGAAGCUCUCUCUGCGUAUGUAAUAUAUAUGCAAAUAUAUGAUAAAGCUGCGAGAUUACAGAGGUGACAGCGGAUAAGCCGUGACUUUAAACCAACACACAUUAACUUGACGUAAAAGAACGCGUGGCUGGUUACGAUUAAAUAAUUCAAAUUUCUCUUGUAAAGAGAUUUGAAAGGCUUCACGCAAGCUUAGUUUUAUAAGCGUCUACUUAAAUCGAAUGAUUGUAAUUAAGUAGAACCGCGGAUAU